AUCUGCAAUAAUACAAAUUUCAAAAAGAGGCUGUGUGCCAUUGUGUGGACUGAUUCAAUUCUACAUGUUAAGUUUGAAAGUGAGUGGGCUACCAUAAUGAACGAUUUUAAUUUGGUUGAUCAUGAGUGGCUGCAGUCACUUUAUCAAAUCAGGGAUAGGGAUACUUGGAUACCGGCUUAUUAUCAUGAGGAGGUCAUGUCCGGGCUUAUGCGUACCUCUUCUCGUUCAGAGAGUGAGAACCAUUUCUUUGGACAGUUCUGUAACCCGGGUUGCACACUUGUCGAAUUUCUCGGGCAUUUUGAUUCUGCUAUUGAAGCUCAGAGACAUGAGCACAGGAAGAAUGACCAUGACACCAGAAAUACCAACGCUGAAAUAUGGGCUGAAGACUUUGUUUUGGAGGAUCAAGCGUCCAGGAUAUUCACACGCACUAUAUUUUUUGACCAGCAGUUGGAGAUACAAAACGGUAUACACAGAUGUGCCAUCAGAAAGUGGGAAAACAUGGCUGACUUCGUUAACUUUUUUGUGAAGGACUGGGAACAACCAUGCACUACUUUCUUCGAGGUUAUGAUGCGUGAGGACGGCAUGACUGUGUAUUGUACAUGCAAAAGAUUCGAACAGUUUGGGUUGUUGUGCUCACACAUCUUUUAUGUGCUAAGGAUGCUGGUAUAACACCCCGUGUUUUCGAAAGUCAAAGUCAAAGUCCAAGUCAAGAUUGACUUC